UUUCUUCAAGGAGGAGCGCGAGAGUUAGCCGCAAGCCCGUCCCGUCCUGGCAACAGCGGUCAGUCCACGCUUGCGCUCGUCAAAAGUGCCAACGGGCAGUGGUAGACCCGUCGCGUCUGUGCAGCCAUGGCGUCCCUGCUGAUACGCUACUCGCUAGGUCUGUGCCUGCUUCACCUCUCACUCACCAUCGCCAUCCCCAAGGAGGAACACCGAAAGAUCCACACGCCUAAGCCAUUGAGUGAUGAACCGCACUACAAGGAGGAUGUAGAAGGCGGCGAGUCUGAGCACAACCCCGACUAUGACCACGAGGCCUUUCUCGGAGAGGAGGCGGCCAAGACGUUCGACCAGCUGUCGCCGGAGGAGAGCAAGGAGCGGCUACUCAAGAUCGUCGACAAGAUUGACAAGGACACCGAUGGCUAUGUGACGCAGCAGGAGCUUGAGGACUGGAUCAAGCACACGCAGAAGCGCUACAUUCGCGAUGAUGUUGAAAAGCAGUGGAAAGUGUACAACCCCCAGGAAAGCAACCGUGUCAGUUGGGAGGAGUACCGAAACAUUACGUACGGAGCCGAAGGCAGUGAUGGUGAUGACUCCGAUUCGGACUCCGACGGUGGUGCCAUGAGCUUCCAGGACAUGGUACGUCGAGACAAGCGACGCUGGGACCGUGCCGACAAGAAUGGCGAUGGCGACCUCGACAAGGAGGAGUUUGGCAACUUCUUGCAUCCCGAGGAGAGUGAGGACAUGAAGGGUGUUGUCGUCGAAGAGACCAUGGAGGACAUCGACAAGGACAAGGAUGGCAAGAUCUCCCUUGAGGAAUACAUCGGUGACAUGUACGAGGGUGCAGCCGAGGGCGAGGUGGAGCCGGACUGGGUUCAGAACGAGAAGGAGCAGUUCAAGAACUUUCGCGACAAGGACAAGGACGGGUUCAUGGGACCCGACGAGGUGCGCGACUGGGUCAUGCCAGUCGACUACGAUCACAGCGUAUCCGAGGCACGCCACUUGAUACACGAGGCCGACAAGGACCACGACGGCAAGCUCACCAGGGACGAGAUCAUCGACAAGUACGACGUCUUUGUGGGAAGCCAGGCGACGGACUACGGCGAGGCACUAACCCGGCACGACGAGUUCUGAGUGGCUAGAACAAACUCUUGCGUCGCUUUCUCGGCAGUUCCUGCGCUUUGCUGAGUGCGCGGGCGCCGCCUCUACGUGUCGGGCUGCAUCGACCGUUACGUCCGCCAUUCAGCCUCCGCAUUGUUUGUGUUUGCUCGUUGCCUGUUGACUUUAACUGUGCUGCCACAUCCACUCAUUAUCUCGACCUCGUCUCUUGUUCCCAGUGACAUUUCGUUCUUUCACCGCGCGCUUUCUCAUCUUUUUUUUGCCUUGUGAAUACACAUACUAGUUCUGGUUGUAGCCGUGUCGGUUUCAUGCGGUGGUUGUUUUGCCGACAUAAAAAGAAACUGAUUCGUGCCUAACGGGAAAACUGCAGUGUUCUGGAAUUGUCAAAUGCAGAAUGUAUUUUCCUCUAUAUGCAAAGGUUGUGUCAGUUGUGAGUUUAAUCGAACUCCAGCAGUUCAACAGUUGCACACGGAAGGGUUUCAGGCCGUAUAAGGAAAUGCACUAGGAAGGCUGAACUAGACAAUAAUGCUCGUACCGGCAGAAAAUUUAAGAAAAACGGUCACAUAGGUGUUCUACUGUUUUGUCCGAAUUAUCGCACCAAAAUUUUAGGGGACUGCUCCAGAUUUUUUCUUUAUUUGCAUAGAUGGUACUACCUAAAGUUCUAGCUCUACUGGUUUGACAGUCAGCCGAACUUCUACAUUGGUUGAUUGAAUCCCUGUCACACUUUUUUAUGGUGUUUUCGUGCGCCAAUUGUUUUGCACGAAAUGAAAUUUGGUGACGUGCGAGGUUGCAGUUGGUACACUGUCGUAUACAUCGCAUAUUCACGGGAUGUGCCUUUGCAUGAAUUAUCAAAUUAUAGACCCAGUGCCUUUGUUUUCAUCUGAAACUGCACUUUAUUUUUCUUUUUGUCCAGUUCUGUUGCCGGUAAUUAGGCUGACACUAGUACGCUACACUUUUCUGAACGUGUACUGUGACGAGCAAUUGUUGAAAAGACCAAAAUGUCUGCCGCGCUAGAUUGACCGGUAAUGAAUGUAAUUAUCUAGGGUUAGGUGGUAUUGUGCUCUUCAACAUAAUUUGUGUUUUUGCAGAAACAUCAUAUUGAUUGAGAACAUUGAACAAAAAAAAAAAUGCACUGGCAGAGUUUUACAAACUGCUUUGAAUUCAUGAUUUGGAUGUCGGGCAGUUUCCAUAGAAAAAUCAAAAAGUAUGGUAUGUUAUGCAUGAAUGGGAACAAACUAAGAGCUUUAUUCCGAUAAUAUAUCAUAACCGAUUCUUCUAAGGUAACAUAUCUGUGUAUACGUAUUCGCAUUUGCGACUCUCUGCUUUGCAGAUGGGGCUGCGCCUUUGCCUAUUUUUGGCGGCAUUUUAUUUGUGUCAGUGACACCGUCCCAAAGAUAUACGUAGAUCAUUAUUUCAGACGUCUUUCUCGCGAUGAAGAGAUGGUACUCUCAUAUGGGUUUGGUGAGAACAAACUUUCGCGUGAAUGCGCAUGGAUGGAAAGCCCUGUUUGUGUAAUUUUCUUUUUUGAACCUUUAAUUUAACAGUUAUGCAUUUCUUUUAUGCCAGAAAGUGCAGUGGCUACUCAAGAUGCAUUUGCUGAAGCGUAGGACAAAACAAAAAGAGUUGUGCUUUUACUCCACUCUUUUUUUUAAUCCCUUUUUGCUCUUCGCUAUUUUUAUUUUCUCUUCAGGCCAGCUGUGCAGGUUGAUAGCAGUUAAGGUCAUUUGAAAUUUUGGUGUUGUAGUUGUGUUCUCUCUCGCAAAUGUUGCCAGGUAGAUCGAGGUGUAUUCUCUUGAAAUUUCGCUGCUGCGUAGGAAAUUCAGCUUGUACUAGGAGUGACCACAGUAACUAAAGCUUGCGCAUAUUGCGUCUUUUUCCAAAAUUCACUUUUUUUUCAAGUGUCAUGUUACUUUUCAUUCUUUUUGUGCAUAACUUUCAACACGCUGCAUGUAACAGACACAACUACUAUUCUUGUUCAAACAGCUGUCGGGAUUUUUUAUUGCACCUAGUCAUUAUACUCUUUCCUCUCUCGCAGCCUAGCACUCAUUGAUCAAAGUGCAUGUCUUGCCAGCAACUUGUGGUUUAUAUAUAGACCAAUCGGCAUAGCAUAUGGUCAGAGCUGAACCACGAUGGUUUUUAACGAGACUGUACUGUGGAUCCAGUCAUGGUUUCAUUUCAAUUGUGCUCCUAUACAUCACACUUCCAGACUUAAUUGUGUUGUAGUAUUCUGGAACCCGGUUAGCGUUAUCUUUUGUAGUUCAUUUUAUUUUGAGACCUGUUUAUUGGCUUAUUGUCCACAAGCUCCCAAUUACACUUUUGCGAGCAGCGUAAUUUGUUAGGAGCAAAAAAAAUGUAAAGUUGUGUAGUGAGAAAACAAAAGCCAGCAACAUAUUAUAUUGGUUGAUUGCCUAGGUAUGAAAUGUUUCUUUAAUACAAGCAUAGAUACGUGCAAUGCUCACGUUUUUGGAAUUGUGCGUAAACUGGAAUUCAGUUAAAGAAAGAUGUCAUUCUAACUGAGAAGUUGUGAUUCCGUACGCAAGUCUGACUGCAUUGAAAACAUUAACACGUUAGCUGGUAGCCAAAGAAAUGGAGACGUUAAUGUCAAAGACAAAUAUGUGGUGUCCACUGGCUCAGUGUUAAGUUCUGCAACUUUCAAGUUAAGGGGUUCACUACUCAGUAAUCUACUGAUAACACUCGUGCAGCAUGUUUUUUGUGUAACAAACUGUCGCAAGAAAAGCCGACAGCGUGCUUUAAGUGCAGUAUUAAUGAAUACGAAGCAACUUUGAAUUUCAUGCUUGCUGCACGUACCUCGCCAAUCAUUUGAGUUCAGGAUACAUUGCAGCUAGGCUGCUCACAGAUUUACCUACCUAGCUUGAUUGCGUGUCGUCUUUCUUUUCAUAAUUGUUCUCUCUAUUUUCUUUAUCUUUGUGGCCAGUGCUUAUGCAAAACUUCUCGACCUCUGCAUAAUAGCAGCGUGCUUCCAGCCUGCAGACAUAGUAUAAUCCAAAGACGGCUGCGUAGCCACGUGCCAAAGCUGCCGUGUCUGUGUGCCUGUAAUAGUAGUUCUUCGCAACGUCAGUUCCACGUCGUCUGCAGCUUGUGGAGUGGAGAUCUGUUGUGUUGGGAGGGAAAGGCUCUCUUUUGCAACAUUUUGUAAAAAAAAAGAACACACGAAACAAGACAAAGAAAUGCUGACACAAUCUCGUAUGACAUGAUUUCAAUAAAGACUUUCUAUGAAAGCA